AUGACUCAAACUGAGCCAAUUUUUGAAAAUCCUCACCCCACUCCAGUAACAAUGGAUGUCUUCGGCAAUACUGUUAAAGCUGCAAACCCAGCUGUGCUUUUAGAUACUAAUACUAACGCAAAUGUAUCCUCUUUAUUCUCGUCAAAGACUGCUACAACCAUUGCACAGCAAAUUGACUAUCAGCUAUCGCAGCUUGAUCCAUCGACUUAUAGCGCUGAAAAUAAAGGCAAUAAUAAUAGCAGCAACAACAACAGUACGAGCACCAAUAGCAACAAUAGCAACAGCAGCAGCAGUAGCCCUCAACAGGUAAUAAUCGACCAGUCUGCUGUUAACAGCGCUGAACAUGUUGUAGAGUGGUCUCCAAAUAAAAGAUAUACCAAGCUCAAUACAUUGUUGGGGAAGGGUGCAUAUAAAAUUGUAUACAAGGCGAUGGAUUUAGAAGAAGGGUAUGAGGUUGGCGCUAGUAAUAACAACAAGGACGUGAGGCUUGAAAUUGAAAUUCUGAAAUCAGUUCGUCAUCCAAAUAUUAUUUCGUUUCAUGAUUGUUGGUUAAGUGAGGAAAAUAAGGGCGAGUUCAUUUUUGUCACUGAAUUAAUGACAUCAGGUACUCUCAGGGAGUAUAUCCGUAAGCUCAAUUUACCGAGUUUAAAAAUCGUCAAAAGAUGGUCUCGUCAGAUUUUGAAAGGUCUGGCAUAUCUCCAUGGUCACAGCCCACCUAUUAUUCACCGUGAUAUAAAAUGUGACAAUAUCUUUAUCAAUGGUGCACAUGGCGAGAUUAAAAUUGGUGAUUUGGGCACAGCCGAGAAUAUGUGGCUGGAUAAGAAAUACACUAUGAUUGGAACACCUGAAUUCAUGGCACCUGAAAUGUACGAAGAAGACGGUUACAAUGAAAAGGUUGACUUGUAUGCAUUCGGAAUGUGUAUGAUUGAAAUGAUGACAGGCGAAUAUCCGUAUGCUGAAUGUACCAAUACCGCACAAGUUUACAAGAAAGUGUGUCAGCAUAUCAAGCCCGACUCUUUGAGUAAAAUUACCAACCUUGAAGUUUUGGAAGUGAUCAAUAGUUGUUUAGAAACAAAUGGAGCUGACAGACUAUCUGCCCAAGAAUUAUUGGAAUUGUCGUUCUUAGCUGUUGAGCCUGAAGUGGUCAUUCUAGAAAUUGAUCCUUUACAUACUAUGAUCACCCUUCAAGUAGUCUUUAAAGGUUCAGAUAGGUUAGCCGUGAAAUUCGAGUUUAACACUGAAGACGAUACAGCAGAAGAGGUUGUUAAAGAAAUGAUUGACGAACAAGUGUUGCCCGAUAGAUAUCAACAUUUAAUUACAAACGAAAUCAACCGUAUUCUGCGCGACCUUGAAAAAGACAAGGAAGAGGAUAAUGACGGUACCUCUUCAUUACUAUCUACAGCUACUGGUGACCGGUCUUCCUCCUCCGUUUGGCGACGGGAAAAUGAUAUACGCUCAGAAUUGGAAAAGGCAAAAGGAGAGCUACUACAAAUGAUAGAUCGAUUAGAUGAAGCACAAACUAGAUGUAAUACAAUGGAGCAACAAGCAAUUUUGGCUGAAGAGAAGGAAAGACACAUUAUCGAUGAAAUAGAAAAGGCAAUAGCUGUGCUUACAGCUGCAAAAAUUACAUCACAGGAGGAAACAGCUGUACAGUCAACAAUGCUCACUACGAGUAGCAUGGCAGGUUAUGACAUCGAACCUACCUCUUUAUCUGUUGUUGAAGCUUCAUACAUUAAUAACAGUAAUGGAGACAGUAGCAAAACACACAGCAAAAGCCUUAGUAAUGCCAGCAAUAGCAGCAACAACACUGAUCCGACAGCAAUGACAACAGUGACAUACGAGAAUACAAUAGUGUCAGACGAAGGUGAUGAAGUUUCCGCUUCAAUGGAUGACUAUUUACGCCACAUGGAUUUACACAAGAUUUCCAGGAGAGAAUAUCGUGAUAAUACCGCAAUAGAAACAUUCGUCCACGAUACGGCAAAGGUUGCUAACCGUGACGCACAUAAAGCAGAGCAAUGGAUUCAGAAACUAAGGGAUCAAGACAUAAUGACAGUAGGUGAUUUACGUGAGCUAUUGGAUGAAGAUUGGGCAGGUAUCGGUUUGACCGUAUUUGCAAUUCGUGCCUUGAAGAAUAUGCUGCAGAACUCUAGCGUUAUAGUUAGCAAUCCUUCCACGUCCUCUUCAUUGACCUCGAACGGUCCGUCGACCGUCCCUUCCUCAGCUUCUGAGCAGUCAGUAGCAUCCAUCAUUGCCACAUAG